AUGUGCAGAUUACUUGUGGUAGCAGCUGAGGUCUAUAUUGUGUAUAUGGGGAAAAAGAAGAAGAAUAAUUGGGAUGAAAUCUCCACACAAUCAUUGCAUCAUUUCUUGCUCCUAGAGUGCCACUGCCACCUAAAGAGGGUUUUGUCACUCAUCCUUACAAGAGCUCAAGAAAAGUAUGACAAAAAAGACAAAAGGUAUUGGGAUGUCUUCUACAAGUGCCACAAGGACAAGAUUAGUUCGCAAGAGGGUAUUGAAACAACGAAACUUGCUUCGGAUAUUGCUGAUAUUUCCAUAAAAGAAAAAUCCUCAAGUUCUCCCACUACUAGUAGUAAUCAAGAUGGUGGUUUCUUGUGGAAGGAUGGUUUUACAAAUAAUUCGAACUCUAUAAAGGAGGACAAUGUUAGUUCUUUGUCUUUCACCGUAACCAGUGCGACUUCAUGUCAGCCGAAUGAAUUGAACAAGAAAUUAGUUAUGAGUGAUGGGAUGAAUUCGAUUCAGAGGUCUUCAGAACUGAAGAGUCUUGUUGCAAAGCCGGCAGCUCAGAUCAAUGUUCCUUUUGAAAAAGGAUAUAGUCAAAUGGAUUGGCUUAAGCUUACUCGGACACAUCCUGACCUUGCAAGUUCUCUUACUUAAUCUAUUGCCUUAGUUUUUUAUUUAAAAAAUGACUCUACUUAAUUAGUUGUAGCUUUGAAUGAUAAGAAUACAUGAAGCUUAUGGUUGAUUAUUGUAGCUGAAUUUAAAAUAAGUUGCAGAACAACUGCUGCAAAUUUCUGAUUAGUGUAGCUAUUGGCUUAAUCCUUUGAGCGAGAGACACAGCGAGUAAAACAUAGAUUGUUCAACAUAAAAUUUACCUAUGCUUUCGAUCAUUGAUCACUGUUUAUUGGUAAAGGAAUAGCAUGCUACUUUCUAGACAAUAAUUCUUCUUUUAUUUUUCCAGUCAUCUAUAUAUAGAGGGUG